UUGCCCGCUUUUUAUACUCUGUCUGUAAACCUACCGUGUAAAAGAUGGCGCUGUUGUAACGCUUACCGUAUCAUCCUUUGAGUUUUUUCUGUGAGAUGUGGUUGUUUUGAUCGGAAAUGUUGUCUUGAUAUAGACGAGAUAAAGUAAAAUUACAACAUAACCAGCAAUUUGAGGGAUCGGUUAGAUCCCAGCCCAGUCUGGAACCUCACAAUUGGCCUAAAUUUUCAAAAUCAAAUCCACCCGGGAGGAUUUUUGUUUAUACAAACGUUGGAGCGAUCCCUUUUUACCUUGCUUGUUUGUGAAGAGAGUUAUACCGACUCGGUUGCUUAACUGAAGAAUUACAUUAUGGUCAUGGCAUUGGAAUUAAGGUUACAUAGCCCUGCUGGUACAGAGCCCAAUAUCUACAAGUGGCCAUUAACUUCUGGACGAGGAGCAGACAAAAUUGAUGGUGCUAUAGAGCUAGUGGAAACGAUACGAUGGGUUUGCGAGGAUUUCCCCGAAAUGGCCAUGGAAAAUAACAUCCUUAAUAGUUACGAUACGAAAAGUUAUGAGAGUAUGAAGAGCUUGGUGGACACGUACAACAGGGGUAUCGACGCCAUCCUCCAAAUGGAGGAAGAAGGGGCACGACCGGAAAGAUUAAGCCGUCGUCCUUCGCGAGGCCUCUUGCGUCACAUCCUUCAACAAGUCUACAAUCAGGCAGUGACAGAUCCUGAUAAACUUAACCAGUAUGAGCCGUUUUCACCCGAGGUGUAUGGUGAAACUUCUUAUGAUUUAGUCUGUCAGAUGAUAGACCACGUAAAUGUGACGGAGGAUGAUACUUUCAUCGACCUUGGUUCGGGGGUGGGUCAGGUAGUUCUACAAGUGGCAGCUUCUACCCCCUGCAAAAUGGCCUGGGGUAUUGAAAGAUCUGAAUGGCCCAAUCGCUACGCGGAGAAUAUGGAUUUCCACUUUAAACGGUUGAUGCGCUGGUGGGGAAAGCGCUACGGAGAAUACAAACUGAUCAAAGGGGACUUUCUGGACAAAUGCCAUACCGAGAAGGUCAAUUCAGCCAACAUAAUUUUCGUCAACAACUUUGCUUUUGGUCCCAAUCUUGACCACCAGCUCAAAGAGCGCUUUGCUGAUCUCAGAGAUGGUGCGCGUAUCGUCUCAUCUAAAGCAUUCUGUCCUCUUAACUUUAGAAUAACCGAUCGCAAUUUAACUGACAUAGGCACCAUCAUUCAUGUUUCAGAGUUAUCUCCUCUUAGAGGUUCUGUUUCUUGGACUGGGAAACCUGUAUCGUACUAUCUCCAUAUAAUUGAUCGAACUAAAUUGGAACGUUAUUUUAACCAACUGAACCACCAUCAGGUGAAAAAACCAAAAAUCAAGGAAGAUGAGAAUUCUGCAAUAGUAGGGGUUGGCCGCAACAAAAAAGAUAUUAACCGAAUGUUACAGAGCGAUACCUCGUCAAACGAUUCCGUCUCACAAACGCAACCAGCACUACGUGUUGAUUUGGAGGACGGCCUCAACAUGCCCAUGACGGAAACUGGUGUGAAUUCAGCUGGAGGUCCAACAACACGAAGAGCUUGGCAGGACUGGUGUAAGAGUAGCAAUAAUAGUAAUCAUGACAGUCAGAGCGAGGCCGAUGAAGUCAAAAAAACUGUCAAGACGAAGCCAGGCAAACCUAGUGUUGCAGCUAAGGGUGGGCCAGGCCGCAAACCCCGCGGCCGAAUCGGCAAAAGAGGAGGAGGUCCACGGAACAAAAGAAAAAUACAGAUCACGGGUUUGGACUUGCUCCAUACUCAAACAUUGCUCAGCACGACUUCACCUCAGGGUCAAAAGCUCCCGCCUGCACCAGGAUGUAUUGACCAACAACUACCGUGGAACGUUUUACCGGGUGUAAUUCCUGUUCACGAGGAAAUUCCGCCUACGCAACCCCUAAUUGCUGAUGAUACAAGGAAUAUUCCCCGUGCACUUCAGGUGUAUCUGGAUACGGUCCGUAAUCAGAUGAUGGCGGCAAUAUCAAAAUUCAAGGAUCCUGAAUAUCGUAAAACUAUACUACGUGAAAUAGAAUUCGAACGCGAAAGGAAGAACGCAUUGAGCUCACAGGCAGCACAAUUAGAUAAACAGGUCCAGAAAUUAAUUGAUGACAGCGUAGCCUUAUUGCGUUCACGGUUUGCUGAACUCGGAAUAGAAUUUGAGAACCCUACUGACAUUUUAAACAAAGCCAAUGAAAUUGCCAUGCGGCACAAAGAAUUGCGAGCUCAAAGCAAUAAUUUACAGCAUCAAAUUUCGUACUUGAUGCAAAACGAGAAAGAACUUCGACAGCAACAAGAAAUAAUAAACCGUGGCAGAAAGUUGAGUCGGCUGAAUGGGGAUAUUUCUGACCAUUCUACUCUCAAUCAAGAAUCAAUUCUCAAGGAGAUUUCGCUAGCCUUGCAUCAGCGCAAAAGGUUAAGCUGCCAAGCGAACAAGUUAACUUCGGAAGUUACAACUUUGGAACGAAUUACCAGCGUAGCUCCUGCGUUCAUUUCGCGCCAGGCUGUGUCUACCAGUAGCUUAUCGCUCCCGAUUAGUGUCUCCUCUCCAGUUCCAUCGCAAAAUGGUUUCACUGUCUGCGGUACACACGCUCAUGUCCAGCAAACGCCAAUUGUUGCCAAGCCCUCGGCGGCUUUCCAGCCACCACCACGUAAGCCUAACUCAGCAGGAAACAUUCGUCGGAAUCAAGAGUGGCCAGAUAUACCUGAGAUCGGCAAGAUUGACGAAAAAAAUCCAGAAAUACUUGCCAAGAAGAUACUUGAAACGGGCAGGCAAAUUGAAGCGGGCAAGUAUGGCACCGAACUAACAUCUCGUGGACAGCAGACAGUCACCGAAAAGAAAAUUCAGCCACCCGAGAAGAACCGAAAUUCCACCAGAAUGCCUCGCCCGUCAAGUGCCACCAAAUUACCGAAUACAACGAUAGGGCAUUCGCAGACACCCACCCCGCCACCAUCACUGCCGAUCGUUAACAAAACCGCGUCAGUAUCACAUGCCGAUAGCACACCUCGUGGGUAUGAUUUUGAGGAUCGCUUAAAAAAUCUCAUCACCAGUGUAUUAAACGACAAGACAAAUCCGCCUACCACGAGCUCUGCUACACAUGAUCCACCCCUUUCAGCAACGCUAUUCAAGCAGUGUACUACUUCCAAGUUUGCGGAACCGGAACGUGAAGGACUUUUUGCCCGUGCUCCGCCCAAGUCGUCGCUAACAUCCCAUCAUCAACAGCCAACACCACAGCAACCUGAUUAUACCCAGUUUUCACCAGCAAAAUUGGCCCUUCGUCGCCAUCUAUCCCAAGAAAGAUCCUACCCACCUCAUUAUCAACAAGGAACAGAGUCUGACUUAAGCUACAUUCGGAGCAUUGGAGAUCUGGUUACUGGGGAAAUUGAGCGUAGCUUGGAAUCUUCUUCAGCAAACCUUACAGUUCCUAAUCAGCAUUCGAUGGCACGGCAAAUUUACUCUCCGAUUUCUCGUCCAAACAGUACUGAUUGCCACACAACUACAGCGACAAAUUCGUCCAACCAUGCUAAUGUGCAUGUCGUUUCACUUCUUCCUUCAGUUGCCACUUCGUCGUCAGAAUGCGUUGAAGGAUUGGCUGCGUCGCUCCGCGAUUGCUUAAGAGCUCCUGCCGAGGAAAUGCCGGAACCUGUCGAUUCUUCUUCCUCUGUUAUCGCGAGUGCUGACCAAGGAAAGCAAGCCGUAGAAAGCGGAACGGAUGAUCCACCGGGAAAAAGGAAGCGCCUUAGUGUCGACUCUAAUCCUGAUGUUUCUAAAGACAAGAAACACAUUGGCGAAACGCACACGCAGAAGUGGCAAGACAAAUUUGACAGCCGAUUUGACCGGAUUUUUACAUUUGCAUCAACUGAAAUGGACAAGCGUCGUCAAAGCACAGAGAGUUGUUCGCCGCGUACCGAACCAUUUUCAUCACCUCGUGGUAAAGAGGCGAUGGCAAUGAUGCCGAAUGAGAAUUUUGUUAACGAAAGAACACCGGACAGAAAAUCUGACUCGAAAUCGAGUCACUCUUCCCGAAGUAACAAGCCCAAGGAACAAAAGAAUUCGAAGACGUCCGAGAAGAGACAAGACAAGUCAAAAGAUCGUGACAAGAGGAGCCGGAGCAAGUCGAGCCGGGAAAAAGAUCGAGAGAAAGACAGAGACAAGGAGCAUCGCAAGCACAGCAGUAGUAGUAGCAAGCAUAGUCAAAUUCAUGAAAAGAAAAAGACAGAAACCAGCACCGUAGAUAAAGAGAGAGAAAAGGAAAAAGACAAAGAGAAGGUCAAAGAAAGAGACAAGGACAGGGACAAAGAUAAAUAUAAGGACAAGGACAAAAAGGAAAGCAGUGAAAAGAGAUCAGACGAGCGUGCGGAAAAGCACAAGCACCGCGAUAGAGGAAAAGAAAGAGAAAAGCAUCGAGAUAAACAUCGAGAUAAGCAUCGCGACAAAGAGUCCAGGAGUUCCAAAGAAACGAAGUUACCCAAGUUGAAAGAAGAAAGAAAAGAUGAGAGCAGCUCGACAGUCGAGUCGAUCGAAGAUGUUGGAAAUGUUCCUAAUCAAAAGGUGGUUUCAAAAGAGGAGCGAAUCGGCAACGAGGCACAUGGUAACCAACUAUUACAUUUGGAGCCAAAACAAAAUGUUACAAACGAGGAACCGGCCAAUGGCAAAGUGAAAAUGGAAGCAGAACUGAUAGAUGAAAGAUCGCAGGAACACAACAGUGAAGGACAUCACCAUUUCAAAAAGCGCAUGGUCCAAAGUCAAAUGGACUGGCAAGGUGCAGAUGCUGAACCGCGUAAAGAUUUGAAGCAAUAUCAAUCAUUAGUGGACGUGAAACCGGAUGCAAGCCGUGCCUUGUUGUCCGCAUCCUGUGAUGCUACAACUCCAAUUGAAUACAACAAAGGUGUGUCUGGUCCUGCCUACAGUGAUGGUCAAUCCAAAAAACAAAAUUCUAGGAGUAAACAUAGCGACUGGACUUCGCAGAUAACCCCGAUAGCUCCACAGUUAGAUACGCUAGAUCAAAGUAGCAUUUCUUCUAGAACGGGUAUGACUGUAAAAGCCAGUCUGUCAUCUACACAUCAUCAGUAUCAAACCAAUUGCAAUUCAUCACAUGGAAUUUCAAACUAUACUACGGGAGCUCCGGUUCUGCAUCCAUCAUCAACGAAACCCCAAUUGCAUCCCCAGCCACCUAUUCCUUCUGUUUCAAUGAGUUCAUAUUCGUCGUCUGCCUAUGAUCGUCUGCCGUCGGCUGAAAUGAAUUCGCAACCUUACUCACAGUACCAACAGCAGUCCAGCAGUAGAAGCGGACCUCAAUACAGUGAACCAAAUUACUUAACAGUUUCAAAACCUGGCUAUUACCCACAACAACAGCAGCACGGAUACGCUGCUGGGUCACAGCCAUUUUCCGGUACAGGAAACGUGCCACAUGGAGGGUCCCCAGUUUUUUGCAAUAGUUCGAUCAACGGUAAUCCUUCGAGCCAAUUCUACAACCCUCCGAACCAGUCCGCAGCUUACUCCGGCCACCAGCCACAUUAUCUGCAACAUUCACGAGGAAACUCGACGGGCGGGUACACUGGUACCUCCAAUUUUUCGCGCUCCGUGUCGGCAGCGCCUGUACAAAUUCCUCAGUUCCAUGAGUCGUCCAGUCAGGCAAUUUACGGAACUGCCCCGUAUCACAGCCGGGAAUCCCCUAGCCAACCGCCUGGUCCCCAUCACGCUGGAUCAUCUCACACUUCAGGCCGUCUUCCAUUCAUGCAUCAAUGAGUGCCAGCCUGCCCUCAAACGGGUUUAAUCAAUGAAGUUUCUUCACUUGACCCCCUCCCUCAAAAUGUACCGUUUGUGUUCCGAUUGCUCAGAGUUGUAUCGCGUAAGUACAGUGCUCAUCACUGCCCAUUCUGCCGUUAAAAUAGAAUUGAUUCCCAGUUUUGAAGGCUAAACAUGAAAAUGGAAACAAAGCCUUAUAAAAAGAUGAGAACGGUUUCUUUGAAAGAUGUAACUUGAUUCAUCUCUACGCCAUUUUGCUCCCUAGGCAUUUUUCUUUAGCAUAUACUAUCACGUUAAAAUUUCCCUGUAUCCCACAGUUUUCUGUCUCAUCCAUAAUCAUUUUUUAUUUUUUUUUUUACACUUGAUGCAAGGCACUCCUUCCGCUCGUCUUAAGUGUCACCUCAGGCCGUGUAUUAUUACGCGAAUCAUUGCGAUCUUGUAUGAGCUGUCGAACAAGUCAGCACAGGCUUAUUUCUGUGGGCCUAUCUUUCUCGACAGUUACCUAAUUCUUUGCUAACACUGACUAAUUUGUUUCCUUAUCACCGUGUUUCUUAAUUGAACCAUUAAUAAUAAUUUAUUCAAGACCAAUUUUUUUCAUGAAUCUGUUAAAUUUUGUUCUGUUUUGAUCCACCAUCGAAUAAUGACGAUCUGUGCUACCCAGGGAUGCAAAUUUUGCAUACCAAAUAAGAAUGAAUACAAAAUAUUGUUACUUA